CUUAGGCAGAAGUCAUCUCCUUGUGAUUCUGCCCAAGAUCUGCCCGUUGGGUUUGUAGGGGGAGGAAGAAAAAAAAAAAGAGAGAGACAGAGAAAAGAAACUACAGGCAAACUUUCAGCUUUGAAGUUGUCACCUUGGAGAAGUGAAGUCGAGAAGUGUGACACCAUGAAUGGACCUGUGGAUGGCUUGUGUGACCAUUCUCUAAGUGAAGAGGGAGCCUUCAUGUUCACAUCUGAAUCGGUAGGAGAAGGGCAUCCAGAUAAGAUCUGUGACCAGAUUAGUGAUGCAGUGCUGGAUGCCCAUCUCAAGCAAGACCCCAAUGCCAAGGUGGCCUGUGAGACAGUGUGCAAGACAGGGAUGGUGCUCCUGUGUGGAGAGAUCACCUCAAUGGCCAUGAUUGACUACCAGCGGGUGGUGAGAGACACCAUUAAGCACAUUGGCUACGAUGACUCUGCCAAGGGCUUCGACUUCAAGACCUGCAAUGUGCUCGUGGCUCUGGAGCAACAGUCCCCAGACAUUGCCCAAUGUGUCCAUCUAGACAGAAAUGAGGAGGACGUUGGUGCAGGAGAUCAGGGUCUGAUGUUCGGCUAUGCCACUGACGAGACAGAGGAGUGCAUGCCGCUCACCAUUGUUCUUGCUCACAAACUCAACACCCGGAUGGCAGAUCUGAGGCGCUCUGGUGUCCUUCCCUGGCUGAGACCUGAUUCUAAGACUCAGGUAACAGUUCAGUACGUGCAGGAUAAUGGUGCUGUCAUCCCUGUUCGCGUCCACACCAUCGUCAUCUCUGUGCAACACAACGAAGACAUAACACUGGAGGCCAUGCGAGAGGCCCUGAAGGAGCAGGUGAUCAAAGCUGUGGUGCCAGCCAAGUACCUGGAUGAAGACACCAUCUACCACCUGCAGCCAAGUGGGCGGUUUGUCAUCGGAGGUCCCCAGGGGGAUGCAGGUGUCACAGGCCGCAAGAUUAUUGUGGACACAUACGGAGGCUGGGGUGCCCAUGGUGGUGGUGCCUUCUCUGGAAAGGACUACACCAAGGUGGACCGCUCAGCAGCUUAUGCCGCCCGCUGGGUGGCCAAGUCUCUGGUGAAGGCUGGGCUCUGCCGGAGAGUCCUUGUUCAGGUGUCCUAUGCCAUUGGUGUGGCAGAACCUCUGUCCAUUUCCAUUUUCACCUACGGAACUUCCAAGAAGACCGAGCGAGAGCUACUAGAGGUUGUGAACAAGAACUUUGAUCUCCGGCCGGGUGUUAUUGUCAGGGACUUGGAUCUGAAGAAGCCCAUCUACCAGAAGACUGCAUGCUAUGGUCAUUUCGGAAGAAGCGAGUUUCCCUGGGAGGUCCCCAAGAAGCUUGUGUUUUAGAGCUGCCGGGAAGCUUAGCUCUGUCCUAUACUCAACCUCCUCAAGAUCUCAACUCCCUGGUCUCAGAGAGCCCUCCCUGCUUCCCACCCUCAUGGCAAAGCCAGCUUCCUCUGAUUUUCCCCCUACCCGGCAAUCUGCAAACAUCUUAUUAGUGGCAAGGCAGGUGGUUUCUGGUGCUAGGUCAUCAGGUCUCCUUGCAAGGAUAGUCAGUGUUCCCUCCCUGUCUCUCAGAUGACAGCAAUGUUAAUUUUGUGUAAAAGUUGCUCCUAUCAUCCCCUCCCGUAGUCUGAAGCUAACCAGGCCAUCUCUUCCUCCGUCCUGGACAUGUGCCCAGACGAAUGUUUUGUCCCAUAUCUCUGGCUUCCCCUUUACAUUGGCAGCCAGAGGUCCUGAGCCGGGGCUUCCUCAGGGUCCCUCUGAGACUGGGCAUCUGCUCCCUAGGAUAUGGUCAGUGUCCCCUGAACAUCUGCAUUCUGUGAGGGACUGAGCUGUGUGUUCUUCAUCCCAACACAAUAAGGUGGUAUCGUCAUUAUCCACAGUGACAGAUGGGGAAACUGAGGCUCGGAGAGUUAUGGAGCUCUGACAGGUUCCUAUAGCUGCGUGCACCAGAGUCAAGAAACAGAUCUUGACUCUAGGAAUUUUGACUCUAACCCUCACACCUGCAUCCCAAACAAGAUGUUGACCAGAGUGAUGACACAUGGAUUGACAAGAGGUUAUGACCUCUUAUUUAAGGCCUGGGUUUCAGGAGAAUUAGAUGAACCUAAUGGCUCUUGGUGAGCCCUGGACAGUGUUCCCACAAAAUCAAGAUGGAAACAUGUAAGUGUCUCAUUUGUUCUGGAAGAGGGCUUAAGGAAAGCUGAGCAUCUUGGUCUAUAAAGCUGGACUGGGGUCUGUAAUUAAGAGGAAGCUUCAUGGUCCUAGCGCCCAACACUCAAAGACAGGUGUGUGAAUUCUUUGAGCAUGGGAUCUAAUCAUGGACAGCCCCAUGUGCUUGCUUCCUCACAGAGGAGAGGCAGUUCGUUGUUCCAGCACAGACAACCAGCCUCUAUAGGGGACCCUUCAAGGCUUUCUUGUGCCCUGGACCCUCACACUUAUGCAGUCUGAAUGCUGCUAGGGAAGUGGGUGAUCCAGGUGAGGAGCCAGCGUCCAAGCAGUUGACAAGUUGCCCAAGAUCUCACAAGAACUGACUUUUACCAGGUAGCCUGGGUGUGUCUGUCUAGCAGAGUCCUGAGAACAUGUCUCUAGGUGUCCCAUCAUGAUCAGCAUCACACACCCAGCCUGUCCCUCGUUGGGGCUUCCCCACAGCAUACUGCCCUCAUAGCUCUCAAACACGUGGCUUCAGGAACGGACCUGGCUCAUAUCGAUGGUUCUGGCUUAGGAGAAGGACUGAGCAGCUUCAUCAAGGAGCAGACACCUUGCAUCUGCCUUAACUGGACAGAGACCCCAGCUUUCCCCAUUCCACCAGGGCGAGGAAACAGCAGAGAGAAAAGCCCCAGGAGCCAACAGAUCCUGAAGCUGUAUGUGAUGUAGAAGCUUGGGUCUUUCCAUGGGGUCAGGGCUGCCUGGGAGCCAAGUUCCUCACAGCAGAGGGAAGGAUGGGUAUGCAGAAGGCUGAAUUCCUGUAACUUAAGCUUUAUCUAAAUAAAAAUCCAGAAUUGUAUACUUGUUCUAA